GGACCUUACAGUUUCUCUCUCCUUUGUUCGAUAUUUUUGCCAGUUUCUCCUUCUGCUUCACUGGCAUAAGGCCAAAUGUUCGCUACGAGGAGUCUCUCGAGACAUUGCUCGAGAACUUGUAAAUGGUCCUUAUCGCCCCUCCUUCAAUCCGAUUCCUGCAGGAAUCUGGUUUUGUCAUCGGAUCCGGUUACAAGCAAUGUGAUGCUGCAGCCUGGUAGCUCUAUUGAAGGCAAUUCCAAUUCAUUUCUGCCUUUGAUGCAUCAAGUCUUCAAAGGAUGGUCUCGACCUAUGUCAACAUCGAGAGGAAGGAGUAUGAGAAGCAAAGUGGAGAGUAGAAUGCGUAAAGAGUCUGGUAAGACUUUAAGAGAGAUUAGGAGAGCUAAAAAGUUGAAGAAGAAACUCAUGACUGAUGAAGAAAGGCUCAUUUACAAUCUCAAAAGGGCGAAGAAGAAAGUUGCGCUUCUGUUGCAAAAGCUCAAGAAGUACGAUCUUCCUGAGCUGCCAUCUCCGGUGCAUGAUCCCGAGCUUUUCACACCGGAGCAGAUCCAAGCGUUCAAGAAAAUCGGUUUCAAGAAUAAAAACUACGUCCCUGUAGGUGUUCGUGGAGUCUUUGGAGGAGUGGUCCAAAAUAUGCAUAUGCACUGGAAGUUUCACGAGACGGUGCAAGUUUGCUGCGAUAACUUUCCAAAGGAAAAGAUAAAAGAGAUGGCGACCAUGAUAGCGAGACUGAGCGGUGGGGUAGUCAUAAAUAUACAUAACGUGAAAACUAUUAUUAUGUUCCGUGGUAGAAACUACCGGCAGCCCAAGAACCUAAUCCCUGUCAAUACCCUCACAAAACGAAAGGCUUUAUUUAAAGCGAGAUUUGAACAAGCGCUUGAAUCUCAGAAGCUGAACAUAAAGAAAACAGAACAGCAGCUACGGCGAAUGGGUGUUAACCCUGAAGAUCCGGUUGCCAUGGCUAGUAUCCAGAGAGUGGCCUCAACGUUCUUCAAUGCAAUCGACAAAAAAGAAGGAAGUCCAUAUGUAUUUCAUGGAGAUAAACAAUCAGAACGAGGGACUAGCAUUGUAAAUACAGAAGAAUCAGAACCGGCUGAUGAAGAUAGUGACCAGGAGGAGCUAGACAAGUUCAUAGCUGAGAUAGAAGAGGCAGCAGACAAGGAGUGGGAGGAAGAGGAAGCUGCGGAGCAAGAAGAGUCUGGUAGAAUAAGGUAUUGGAACCGAGAAGAGUUUGCAGGAAGAAGCAGAGGACCUGACAUGCGUAGUUAUGGAGACUCAAGUCAUGGCUUUAGACGAAACGAAAGGGACACACAUAGGCAGAGGAGAUCCAACGAUAGUGAUGACAGUGAUCAAUUGGAUUCUGAGGAUGAUGAAAUUCCAAAGAGAUUUGAUAGAGCUAGAUCAAAUACAAGAAUGCAGGGAGAGAGUUUUAAGAGAAGAGGCCUUGAUCCUCGACCUCGAGCAAGGAGUGAUGAUGAUGUGUUGAGUGACCUUGAUAACACAAUGUGGGAUUCAGAAGAUGAAAAAGUUGCACCGGCUAAUUAUAUUUCGAGCAGCGAUGAGGACGAAGAUGAAAACAGGACAGUAUCGGCAUCCAAAGAACCGAGAUUCAGGAACAAUAGUUCAAGAGGUCGUAUCAACAAUUCGAAGACGAAGAGUGGAAAACAGAGGGAUGAGGAUUGGGACAGUGAUUAGAAAUGAAGAACAUGAGAUCUCAGAGUUUCUGAUAUUUUCAUUUGUUAUCACUGGUUUCUGAUUAUUAAAAUGUUAAAACUCUUGUCUGAGUAUUGAAAGCUCGUAUUUUUGUUA